ACGAAGGAAUGAAUCUCGUCUGGCAGAAAUUCACAUCUCAUAGAAUUGCGGUUCAACAGAGUCCGACGAAAUAAUAGAGACCAUUAACCGUCUGGAUCCUGAUAUUGCAAUAAUUCAAGAAAUUGAUAUCAAUUGCAAGCGCUCCGGAAAUAUAGACCACAUGAAGAAAAUGUGUAAAGAGCUUCGUCUUAGAGGAGGUUUUGUAGCGGAAUUCUUCGAACUGGAGAGCCCAAUACGUCAGGUCCGGGAUCAGGGAGGUGGAGUACAUGGAAAUGCAAUAUUUUCCAAGUUUGACAUGGACUUCCGGGUUGUUGAUCAUAAGCACCAUCCCUUCGAUUGGGAAAAGGACGGCGAUGCUUUACGGGAACCAAGGAUUGGAAGGCGAUAUUCGCUUGCUGCUCAGGUAAAGCAUGAUGGUUUGCCACCAAUGCUAUGCUAUUGUGUCCAUCUUGAGGUAUUCUGUGGAAUUAUGGGUAGGGUCUCUGCCUUCUCUGACAUCCUAAAGGACUCCCGUGAAAACUGGACAACUACCCCACACCAAAUGAUUUUUGGGGAUUUGAAUACUAUGGCACAUUCAAUUGCAAGACUCUCUCCCAAAUACGCGCGUGAUCGUUACCGAUUUCUAUCGCUUGGAACGCAGGAGAGCCAGUGGUGGAGCGACAAUGUGUUUGGGUGGCGAGACACGGAUGGCCCUCUUAAUCUAAAGCUAUAUUUUUACGGCUAUGAUUGGUUAUAUCAGUUCUACAAGUGGUCCUGUCAGCUUGUUUAUGGCAAGAUUAUCAACCCAAUAUGGCCUUGCUUUAGCGGUUUCCCUCAGGAGGUUCUACGAGACGCACGUAACCCCGGAUUUACGGACUGUUGGCCAAGUAAUAUGACGACUUUGACCAACUACAGUGGAUUUUUCAAGGCAAGGCUGGACUGGACUUUAACAAGCAGCAGCUUCGACGUUCUUGAGAAGGAGAUUGGAAACACUGAUUAUGCAGCAAGUGACCAUGCCUACUUGAUGGUGCACAUCCGGCCAAAACAAACAGGCUAGGCCAGACCAUGACGCACAGCAAUCUUUUUUUUUUUUUUGGGUGGCCCAACCGUAUAAAAAAUUUCAUCCUGUGGGGUCGACUACUGUCGCAACGUGCAUCUCCCCACUCAUAUAUGCAAUAUAAUCCUCUUUUGAAACUCGGC